GGAAGCGCAUCUAGAUAGUUAGUACCAAAUAGUGUUUGGCUUGUGCAAUUGACUUUAUCUUCUAAACUUAGCUCAAGUUGGAAUCUAGGCACUUUCGACCAUCUCAGUAAGAUAACGCAGUCACCGAUUUCUAUUACCAAGCAGGAUGCAAAUGAAUGGAUCUCGUUCACGUAAUACCCAGGUACUUUAGCUGCAGAGUAGCUGUAGCUAUAUGCAUAUGUAUCUUGGAGUAUACUUCAUUAGGAAAGGCAAAUACGUCACUUUCAACCUUUUGAAGGGUUUAUAAGAGUCUAUCAUAACCAUAACCCUGAGAUACUCAAGAAAAUUGUCAAUAAACCUGAUCCAUAUGGACAGCUAGGCGGCAGACUCAAAAAUGCCCGCCCUAGUUAGGUCUAACUCCUUUAUUUUCCCUGAUCUCGACUUUACGUUGAGACGCCAGUUCAACAAGACUGGCUUUCGUCCAUUCCAGCGAGAGAUCAUACAAGCUGCGUUGGAUGGCAACGAUGUCUUCGUUCAAGCAGCCACAUCCUUCGGGAAGAGUCUAUGCUUUCAGCUUCCUGCCGUGGUGGAUCGAGGCAUUACUAUUGUUGUAUCGCCAUUGCUGAGUCUCAUGAUGAACCAGGUGGAAGCUCUUCGAGCUGCCGAUAUCAAUGCUAGCUCGUUGAAUAGCAACACGCCUCCAGUAGAAAAGGACCGCAUUAUGAAUGAUCUCAAAACUGGCCACCCCCGAACCCGGUUACUCUAUGUAACCCCAGAGCUUUGCGCCCAGGACCGUUUCCGGGACAGAUUGAGGGUGGUUCACGAACAACGAGAACUUGCGCGUAUCGCUAUUGACGAGGCGCAUUGCAUCUCGGAAUGGGGCCAUGACUUCCGCAAGGAUUUCAAGAGACUAGCAUGGUUUCGAGAAUCGUUUCCCGACGUCCCUAUCAUGUGUCUAACAGCAACGGCCAACAAUCAGGUGCGCAAUGAUGUGCUCACUACCCUUAGAUUGGACAUGAACCCGGAAAGGCUGAAAACGUUCACAAUGACUGCCCACCGGCCAAAUCUCCACUUCGAGAUUCGAUUCACACGUGAUGAAGAUGAUCAGCGUCUAGACGACUUCCUCGGAUGGAUCCGCGGCGUAUAUCGACGUAGAGCCGAGGAUCCGCGAAAGAGUGAGCUUACCACCAUCGGCGAGCGAGCCGAUAAUGUUCCUGGCAUCAUCUACACUAUUUCACGGGAUGAGUGUGAGAAUCUUGCCUCGCAGCUCAGACAGGAAGGCAUCGGUGCCCAACCAUUUCAUGCAAAACUGUCGAAAGAGACCAAGGAACGUGUUCUUGCUAAAUGGGUAUCGAACGAACCUGGGUAUGACAUAAUCGUAGCUACGACCGCGUUCGGUAUGGGUAUUGACAAGAACAAUGUCCGUUUUGUUGUUCAUUGGAGGCUACCUAAAUCCUUCGAGGGGUACUAUCAAGAAGCUGGCCGGGCUGGACGUGACGGAAACGCGGCGUACUGCUUUCUCUAUUACAGCCGUGAAGAUAGGGAUCGAGUCAGCAGCCUGAUCGUGCGAGAUCGCAAUUCGGUUUCAAAUUCCAAUUUCGAGGCACGGGCCAGAAGCUUACAGGCUCUAGCCCAAUACUGUGAGAGCACAAAUGCUUGCCGCCAUAAGCUCAUCUGCAAAUAUUUCGGAGAAAAUGACACUCCAGCGUGUGAUUAUGCGUGCGACUGGCAUAAAGACAGCGCCGAUCUUCAGCGGCGUUUCCUCAGGGGACUGGCAAGUGAGGAGUGGGUCAGUACGCAGAGAGAGGAAGGGGUGUAUGAAGUAGAUUGGGAUGAGUGACCUAUAAAGAAUAUUCGUUGGCGGAAAAGGUCCCGAUUUGUAGUGUAACAGCUACGUCGAUGAGCAUGGAUAGAAGCAAAUCGGUAUACUAAUGCUGUUAGCACCUAAGUACGACCUAAGGCACCUUACGCAUACCAUGUUACAUCCCUCCAAUCGGCUGGAUCGCGACCCCGCAUAGUUUAACAUCAACCCGCAGCUCUGAAGUAAAGCUCCUCCUUAUCCAAUUAUACCAAUAUCCAAUUAUUUAGCACGACUUCUCUAGAG